AUGGAUAAAUUUGAAGGCUACAUCUUCACCGCGUUGUGCAGCACCAACUUUCUGGUGUCCUGCCUGAUCUUUUCUAAAGUCACCAGGGAGCAAAGAGAACCUUACAUGGACGAGAUUUUCCAUGUUCCUCAAGCUCAAAAAUACUGCCACGGGAAAUUCAACCUUUCGCAGUGGGACCCAAUGAUUACGACCCUCCCUGGUCUUUACUUGGUGUCCGUGGGUAUCAUCAAACCUGUGGUGCGCCUCGCCAACAUGACGGGCGACGUGGUGUGUUCCACAGCCAUGCUGCGUUUCAUCAACCUCCUCUUCAACUGUGGCAACCUCUACCUGCUCUACCGGCUUGUUUGUAGGUUGCACCCAAAGGACAAGACGCGAACGACAGCUCGGCGGAUUCUCUCGGCGCUGUCUCUCUCCACCUUCCCCGUGCUGUACUUCUUCAACUUCCUGUACUACACAGACGCCGGUUCCACUUUUUUUACCCUCUUCACGUACGUCAUGACGCUCCACGGCUGCCACAAAGCUUCGGCGCUGCUCGCCGCCUGCGCCGUCUUCUUCCGUCAGACUAACAUCGUGUGGGUUGCGUUCUGCGCCGGGACGCUAGUGGCCAACCAGAUGGACGACGCGUGGAGGGCGGCGCAUUCUAAAAAGACUGACGACAGGUCUGCCAAGCUACAGGUUCCGAUAUCGUUGAUUGGAUUCAAACGAGUUGCGUUCUUCACUCUUGAGUUUUUCACAUCUGCCGGACACCUGAAGUCGGUGUUAUCAGUCACGUGGCCGUAUGCCGCAGUCGCCGCCGGGUUUUUGGUUUUCAUAUGGCAGAACGGCGGAGUAGUCGUAGGCGACCGCGCCAACCACGAAGCUUGCCUCAAUUUCCCGCAGAUUUUCUACUUCUUCUGCUUCUCCUUCUUCUUCUCAUUACCCGUCUCUCUAUGUCACCACCGCGUUCGACGCUUCCUCCAAGCCAUGAAAAGGCAACCCGUCCUAUUCCUCCUCGCCACGAUCGUCUCCGUCCUCCUGGUGUGGAAGUUCACCGCCGUCCACAAGUACCUUCUAGCAGAUAACCGUCACUUCACCUUCUACGUUUGGAAGCGGUUCUUCCAGAGGCACGAAGUACUGCGUUUCCUCCUGAUUCCUAUCUACAUAUUCGCCGCCUGGCACUUUCAAGACUCUCUUAAGUCACGCUCGCUCUUCUGGACGUUAGCGUUCCUAGCUUGCGUCGCGGCCGCCACCGUCCCUCAGAAGCUCCUGGAGUUCCGUUACUUCAUCAUCCCGUACUUGAUGUACCGCUUGCACAUGCCGCUUCCGUCGACGCCCAGACUUGUACUGGAGUUCCUGCUGUACACGGCCGUCAACGCCGCCACGCUUUACAUCUUUGUCACCAAAACGUUCCGCUGGCCGGACAGCGCCGCCACGCAGAGGUUCAUGUGGUAA